AUGACAAGGGUGAUUGGUUUCAGUGUCAACCGUGGCGAUAAGUUGAAGAUGAAUGAUCUAGCAGAACCAGAACAAAAACAAGGGAUUGAAGGGAAGCGUGUGAAACAAUUCGAACUGGCGUUGGAAAGUUAA